AGGUUGCUGGCGCAGCCGGCGUGGGCGGUGACACUGACCCGCGCCAGCUGAGCCAGGUGCAGCGCUGCCUUCUGUCCUGCUUCUGCUUGUGGCUCGCUCCUCCUGCCGUUGCCUGUCGGCCCCGCUUCCAUGUCCCUGGUGGGCACAGCUCCCCGGAAUCUCCACGCCCAUGGCCACUAGGCUGAGGGAGCCCGCUUUCACGUCCUCUUUAUCCACCUCGAACUGCGACACAGACGACGAAGGCGUGCGAGGCACUUGCGAAGAUGCUUCCCUGUGCAAGAGGUUUGCAGUGAGCAUUGGCUACUGGCAUGACCCUUACAUCCAGCACUUUGUGAGACUGUCUAAAGAGAGGAAGGCCCCUGAAAUUAACAGAGGAUAUUUUGCUCGAGUUCAUGGUGUCAGUCAGCUUAUUAAAGCGUUUCUACGGAAGACAGAAUGUCAUUGUCAAAUUCUCAACCUUGGGGCUGGGAUGGAUACCACCUUCUGGAGAUUAAAGGAUGAAGAUCUUCUCCCAAGUAAAUAUUUUGAAGUGGACUUUCCAAUGAUAGUCACGAGAAAACUGCACAACAUCAAAUGCAAGCCCCCCCUAUCAAGCCCCGUUAUAGAGUUGCAUUCAGAAGAUACACUUCAGAUGGAUGGACACAUAUUGGAUUCAAAGAGAUAUGCCAUAAUUGGAGCAGAUCUCCGAGACCUGUCUGAUCUGGAAGAGAAACUAAAGAAAUGUAACAUAAAUACACAAUUGCCAACCCUCCUGAUAACUGAAUGUGUGCUGGUUUACAUGACCCCGGAGCAGUCUGCAAACCUCCUAAAGUGGGCAGCCAGCAGUUUUGAGACUGCCAUGUUCAUAAACUAUGAACAGGUGAACAUGGGUGAUCGAUUUGGGCAGAUCAUGAUUGAAAAUUUGCGGAGACGACAAUGUGAUCUGGCAGGAGUGGAAACCUGCAAGUCAUUAGAAUCACAGAAAGAACGGCUCCUGUCGAAUGGGUGGGAAACAGUAUCAGCAGUCGACAUGAUGGAGUUGUACAGCAGGUUACCACGGGCUGAAGUGAACAGGAUAGAAUCACUUGAAUUCCUGGAUGAAAUGGAGCUCCUUGAGCAGCUCAUGCAGCAUUACUGCCUUUGCUGGGCAACCAAAGGAGGAAGUGAGCUAGGUCUGAAGGAGAUAACUUGUUAAUCUGUUGAAGACUCACGCUGAACCAGAAGCUGAAGCCACUAGCCUUCCUGGAGGAGAUGCUCUGAGCUCCCUGAGCAAUGGGCAGGCCUCGUCUCCAGGUCUCAUCACACACUCUGAGAAACCUCAUUCACUAAGGUUGUCACGCCAGUUCCUGUUCCUGUUGACAUAUUGUUGUUUAAAUAAAUCUCACUUGUCAAUUG